GCAAGUGAACAUAUGUAAUGUGGAAUCAUGAAGAUAAUACAGUAGUUAAAAUUUUCUUAAAGAAUAUGUAAUCAAGUUCGGUAAAAACAAGAAAUUUUCAGGGGAAAAAAGACCCACCAAGAUCUAACCUCGGCCUGACCAGCGAACUGAAUUGAAAAAUGAGCAGCAAGAAGAUAUUAAUAGUUGGAGGCACAGGCUACUUGGGGCAGCAUCUUCUACAAGAAAUCCAGUAUACUCUUCCAUAUGCUCUCUCAUUAUCCUUCACAUACCACACCAACCCUCCUCCUGAGCCUCUACUAAGAGCCAUUCCUCAUGUCCUACCCUUCCAUGUUGAUUUACAAACCGGCAAUGGCUUUGAUGCCAUCUCUCAAAAUUUUGGUCAGCCUGAUGUUGUGGUUAAUUGUGCUGCACUUUCUAUUCCGCGUGCCUGUGAAGCGGAUCCUACUGCUGCCAUGGCUAUUAAUGUGCCGUCUGUUCUUGUCAAAUGGUUGUCAAGCUUUAGCAAUGGUGGUACUCUUCUGAUUCACUUGUCUACUGAUCAAGUUUAUGAAGGGACCAAAUCCUUCUACAAGGAAGAUGAUGAAACCCUUCCUGUUAAUGUUUAUGGAAGAUCAAAGGUAGCAGCAGAGCAGUUUAUAUCUGCAAAUUACUCAAAUUUUGCAAUUUUGAGGAGCAGUAUUAUUUAUGGACCUCAGACUGUCUCCCCUGUCCCAAAAUCACUUCCAGUUCAGUGGAUGGAUAGCGUUCUUGCGAAGGGAGAUGCCAUGGAGUUUUUUCAUGAUGAGUUCCGUUGUCCUAUCUAUGUUAAGGAUCUCGUGACCAUCAUAUGGACAUUAACGAAUAGAUGGAUCUCAGGGAGAGAGCCGAUACAGUUACUUUUGAACGUGGGUGGACCAGAUCGUGUUUCCAGGGUUCAGAUGGCUGAAGCCAUUGCACAUAUUAGAGGUUAUAAUUUGUCAUUGAUCAAACCAGUGUCUUCAUCAACUGUUAACCGCGGUGUAAAAUCUCCAGCAGAUAUAUCCAUGGAUAUCACCAGAUUGAUUCAGACACUCAAUAUGUCAACAACUGCAUUUAGGGAUGGUGUUAAAUUGACACUUGAAGCUGAACUUGCUUCAGCAUCAUAGUAGCUUGUCACUUGCUCUUUUACCAGAAUGUCAUCUUUGGGGUGUAUACUGAGGUUCAUUGGAUCUCCUGAAGGGAUAGUUGCUGCCGAGCGGUCGGUAAAGCCGUUGGAUUCAGAAGGUUCAACUUGCAAACUUAGUACCAAUUCUAUGUGAUUUUAAGAAGUUUAUCAUCCAUGUAGAAGGGUAUGGUUAGUUUUUUCAUGUGUGGUAUGGUUCAUAAAUUCAUGAGACUAUACAUCCAUUAUCUGUGUUUAGCAUCAUGCCCUUUUUUGGAGUGAUAAUUGUGAUGUCUGGGUCGGCUUGCACCUCAACUAUUCCACGAGGCUCUUGCUACCUUCUAUCAAUACAAGUACCGGGUAACUCUGCACACCUAGAAUUAUGCAUCUUCUAUAGAAAUGUAAAAAGAACCAAUGCACGUGUAGACAUAGUCACACUCAUUGUCUUUGACGAAAAGAAUUAGAAAUGUAUUUGUAAAUUCUACGCCA